CGGCUGAAAAACAAAUGACGACCAGCGUGCGCAAGUUCUCUAAUCCCGACGAACUCGAGUAUUUUCAUCGCACUGCCUCAGCCGGAAAAUCGUAAUUUGCGGAGGUAGAAGUCGUCGGAUUGUUAGCAGAAGUGUCGGUGAAUCGAGGGCCGAAUCUAUCGAAGCGUCGGCUCCGAUUGAAAGAUUCGGCGAGCGACGUCGAGCGUGUCUAAAUUGACGCCGGUGCCGCGGCGGCACUGCGAGUGAAGCGUCGCUCAUGUCCAUUAACUCUCACUGAGAAAUGUCUGCUGAAGCAGGUACGUCGAACAAUAAUAGUGUCGAAGAGGAGUCGAACCAGACAAGCGCAACUUCCUCCCCUGCUUCCACCCCUCGGUGCAACCCGAAGAUGUCGAAGGCGCUGAGCACGUCAGCCAAAAGCAAUCUGUCCAGGAUCCAGAAGGAGCUGGCCGAAAUCACGCUCGAUCCGCCGCCCAACUGCUCAGCCGGCCCCAAGGGCGACAAUCUCUACGAGUGGGUCUCCACCAUCCUUGGGCCCCCGGGCUCCGUAUACGAGGGCGGCGUCUUCUUCCUCGACAUCCACUUCACCCCAGACUACCCCUUCAAACCCCCGAAGGUCACCUUCCGCACACGAAUUUACCAUUGCAACAUCAACAGCCAAGGUGUGAUAUGCUUGGACAUCCUAAAGGACAAUUGGUCUCCUGCUCUCACCAUUUCAAAAGUGCUUCUCUCCAUAUGCUCACUAUUGACUGAUUGCAACCCAGCUGACCCAUUGGUGGGCAGCAUCGCCACACAGCUGCUGCAGAAUCGAGAGGAGCACGACCGCAUCGCUCGGCUGUGGACCAAGCGGUACGCGACGUAAGUGGACGCGCCCCCGCGAGCGUGAAUCUGGUAUUAUUUUGUGUAUUACAAGAAAGAAAGAAAGAAAGAAUAGGCUCCCCCAUCAAUCACUAUCCACUGUUGCCGCCAGAAGAAAAUGGCCGCAGUUUUUUGUUUGAAAUAGUCUGGUUGUGAGCGAAGGCCCGUGUCUCUAAACCGAUUCAUGCGAAUGUGAAGAAGCGAGAUUGGACGAAAGACAAUUAUUCAUUGAUUGUGAGUGCACUGGACAGGUUUUGCUUCUCUGAAUGCUUCCAUCUCCAGCAGUUCUAAUUUUAGAGUAGUGAUGUGUUCCUACAGUCGUGACAGCUGAUUGAAAUUUAAUUCGAGCAGAAGAGCAGGACACUGUACACAGAAAUGCAGCAGCUAAUGUCUGAAAUAAAUCCACGCAGGCAGAAGUGGCGCCGAUUUUAAGCUACUACUGAUUUUGCAAUCUUGAUGUCGUCACACACUCUAGACGAUUAACUUGAUCAAUUUAAGAAAGUAAGAAAGAAACCCGCGCGCAAAGUCGUCCCUGAUCUAUACGAGAACUUGAAAGUGUCAAAUUGCUAAACUGUAAUCCUACGGCAUUUAUUUUCUUUUUGUACUCGUACCAAUAUCUUUAUUUUAUGUCACAUGCAAUUCGUCAAACUGUCGAACCCCCGAUUUUCUCUGUAUGUGUUUGAAAGGAAUUCUAUGUGGCUACUGUUGUACAUUUGCUUAAUAAUAAAUGACAGAACAACUGAAAAGUA